UUUUAUUGAUAAUAACCACUAUAUUUUUUGCAAUUUUGAUUGCAAUUUAUGUUUAUUGCCAAUUGUAGUCGAUGUCGACAAAAAAAAAAAAAAAAACUGACUGUUACCAUAGAUUUUUCACCAUAAUACAUACCACUGAUUGAUUGAUGAUAAUAUUCGAGAUAACAACAACAAAAAAAAAUACAUUUGUACAAUACCAUUGUCACCUGGGGAAUAUACAUCAUCAUCAUUGUUAUUAUUAAAUACUAGCUUUACACCCACUUUCGAUUACGAUCAUCAUCCACAUCAUUUGGGUGGAAAAUAAUCAGAGAAAAAAAGAAAAAAAGGUUUGCCAUAUUUCGAUAAAUAUCCGUCGUUGUGUAUAAUUGAAUUGAAAUCGUUUGAUUUUCAAUCCAAUUUUUUUUUUUACAAACAGCCAAAAAUUUUUGUUUUCUAUUAUUAUUGUUUUUUUUCAAUCUACAAAAAAAAAAUGGAUUCAAAAGCAAAAAAUAUUUUGAUUGCCAAAUAUGGUUUCAUGAUGUUGAUCAUAUUGAACAUUCUAUGUUCAAUUUGGGUUAUCAUUUAUGAUCUAAAUGUAAUCAAACGUGUUCAAGAAAAUUUUCCCGACGAUUGGCAUACGAAUGAAAAACAUGAAGGCUCUACAGCACAAUAUUGGUUCGCUGCCUGUGUUUUGGUCAUGAUCAUCAAUCUGAUCAUAUCGAUGAUUGGCCUUUAUGGUGCUAAAACUGAACAAACACAUUUCAUAAUGAUUGUUUCAGCAUUAUUCGCCGUUAUUGCUGUUUAUGGUGCUUGGGAUAAAUAUAUGAAAGGCAGUAUAGCAUCAUAUCUAAUACCAUUGAUCACAUGUAUUAUGGGCAUACUAUUUGGUUCAUUAUGUUUCAUACAAAUGAAUGAAGAAUCAUCAGAAGUGCCUGGCGCUAAAAAUAUUCAAUACAUUAUUCGUAAUCAGCCAACAACACCACAAAUUGAAUCAAAUUUUGAAGAACAAAUGCCAUUCAAAUCGACAACCAUUGAAAAAGAAGUUUAAUUUCAUUUUU